UUUAUUUUGAAGGUCCAGCCGGAAGUAGCACUAUUUAUCGCGAGCUUUGAUUCGGCAGCGGUGUUAGGGUACUGGAGUGGGUGGAGCUAAGUGGACCAGUCGACUCUGUGCUCGUUGCGGUGAUGGGGUCUCCGGUGACCUGCUAACAGUAACCGUCCCUGUAAGGCACUCUCCUACGGAACUCUGAAUUCUGACAGAAGCUUGUCUUGUACCUCUGCUUUUACUUUAUAAAUAUAAUUUGUUUGCGUCCAUGUUUCAGCCUAAUUUUGCCUUUUAACACAACCCGAGCUGGACCUGUCGCUCUACAUCCCUACCACCUUUUAGGAGAUUUUUUACUUUUUUACAUUUUCAGCCAGUAGGGUGGACAUUUGCAGGACUUCUUUUUCCUCCCAAACAUACCAGGAAAAUGUGGUAAAUUGGAAGCGGCUGGUUUGUGACAGAAAUGCGAUGAGGUGCUCCCCGGCUGCCGAGUGAGCUGCUCGGAAGGGUUUUUUGGGGGGGUCGGUUAGAAGUCUUGUGGAGCCCAUUAAAGCUUAUUAGAGCCGAACAGACAAGUUUUGUCUGAAAAAGUUCCAGCGCUAUGGUCUAUUUCUGCCUUGUUUUCCUCUACAAGACAAAGUUGGAGAACUUUCCCGUCUCGCUGCAGGGAGUUGUAUCCAGUUGAAGGUGUCUCUGUUUGGGGGAAGCAAAGUGACAGGGCUGCUGCCGCGCGCGCGAGGAGUUUUCUUGUUUUCUAUUUUUGCUGCAGUGUUUUUAGAGGCUUUUCGGUGUUGGUCUACUUUAAAUGCGGACUGUUGAAGGUGAACCACCACCACCAGCUUCCCCCACUUCCACCUCCACCUUGGUUUUUAAUCCCAAGUCUAUUCAUUUUUGACAACCCUGAGUCAACACCAUGGAGCUGAUGUACAAUUGUCUGAUCCUGCUGGCGUGCGUCUGUCAAUGGGUUGGUGUGGCCACAGCAGAGGAAGAGGUUCUGAUGAACACUAAAACCGAGACAUCUGAUCUCAAAUGGACGAUCUUCUCUCGCAACAAACCAGAGUGGGAGGAAAUAAGCGGUUUAGACGAGGAGGGCAUCAGCGUAAGAACCUAUCAGAUCUGCCAAACAGACAGUUCUUCCAGCCACUGGCUGCGCAGUGGAUUUAUCCAGAGACGGGGGGCGUCGCAGGUUUAUGUGGAGCUGCGAUUCACCAUGAUGGAGUGCUCCUCCAGGGGCACACACCACCGCAGCUGCAAGGAGACUUUCAACCUCUACUACUACCAGGCGGACUCUAAUGAGGCCACAGCCUCUUACCCACCCUGGAUGGAGAACCCAUACACAAAGGUGGACACGGUGGCUGCAGACUUUCUGCUGAGGAAGGGUGGGGAGCGGAAGUUUAACGUGAAGACCCUGAGAUUGGGCCCUCUGAGCAAGCGGGGUUUCUACUUGGCGUUUCAGGCUCAGGGCGCCUGCAUGGCCCUGCUUUCUGUCAGGGUGUUCUUCAAGAAGUGUCCUCCUUUGGUCAGCGCCCUGUCAUCCUUCCCUGAGACUGUUCCCCGUACCCUUGUGCAAGAGGCGCAGGGCGAAUGUGUGAAGAACGCAGCCCAGCUUGGGCCUCGAUCUCGACCACCGAAGCUCUUCUGCGGCGAGGACGGUCAGUGGGUGGGACAGCCGACGACCUCCUGCGCCUGCCUGCCUGGAUACGAGGCCACCGAGGGUCAGACCCGCUGCACAGCCUGUCCCGUCGGCCAGUUCAAGUCCGGCACAGAGGGACCAUGCCAAAGCUGUCCAGAAUUCAGCUACGCCACCAGCAGGGGGGCAUCUGUCUGUGCGUGUCGCCCCGGGUUCCUGCGUGCACAGUCUGAUCCUCCUAACAGCUCAUGCACAAAAACUCCUUCAGCUCCACGCGGCAUCAACCCUCGCAUCAACGCCACCACCCUCACUCUGGAGUGGAACGAGCCACUGGACAGCGGCGGCCGAACCGACCUGAGCUACUCAAUCAGGUGCUCCAUAUGCAGGUCACCCAAGUCGCCCUGCCAGCCCUGCAAAGACAGCGUCAGCUACCGCCCCGCGCAGGAAGACCUGCUGGUUCGGAGGGUGGAGGUGUGGGACCUGCUGCCGCACACCACAUACACCUUCACCAUUCAGGCUCUCAACGGGGUGUCUGCGCUCAGCAACAAGGAACCUGCCAGCGAGAGCAUCAACAUCACCACCAACCAUGAAGUCCCAUCGCUGGUGUCUGUGAUUCGGAAGAGCGACUCCACAGAAAGCAGUCUGACUCUGCACUGGUCCGUCCCGGCUCAGCCACGCUCCAACGUCCUGCAGUAUCAGCUCCGCUACUGUGAAAAGGACAGACGCAGUGAUGAUCAAUGCUUCUUCACGGAGAGCAGCAGAAACCAGGUGGUGCUGACAGACCUCCGCAGGGCCACUCAGUACGAAGUGCAGGUUCGGGCUCGAACGCAGGCUGGUUACGGCAGCUUCAGUCCUGCAGCCAUCUUCCGCACGCUGCCUGAUGGACACGACUCUGCCUCACAGUUCUUGGUGCCUGGCAUCCUUAUCGCUGUCGGGAUGCUGCUGCUCGUCACUUUCGUCUUUGUGGCCGUCUACUGCAUACGCCGACACAGUCGCAUGAAGGAUUCAGAGCUGAGUGACAAAAGCGGCCAGUUUCUCGUCGGCCAAGGGGUCAAGGUUUACAUCGACCCCUUCACCUACGAGGACCCUAAUGAGGCCGUGCGAGAAUUUGCCAAGGAAAUCGAUGUUUCCUUUGUCAAGAUAGAGGAGGUUAUUGGUGCUGGCGAGUUUGGCGAGGUGUGUCGCGGCCGACUGAAGAUCCCAGGAAAAAAAGAAAACUACGUCGCCAUUAAGACUCUCAAAGGAGGAUACACGGACAAACAGCGGCGGGAUUUCCUGUCGGAGGCGUCCAUCAUGGGCCAGUUCCACCAUCCCAACAUCAUCCACCUCGAGGGCAUCAUCACUGCCAGCUGUCCAGUCAUGAUCCUCACUGAGUUCAUGGAGAACGGAGCUCUGGACUCGUUUCUGCGGAUGAACGACAGCCAGUUUACUCCCAUCCAGCUGGUGGGGAUGUUGCGGGGCAUUGCCUCCGGCAUGAAGUACCUGGCAGAAAUGAGCUACGUCCACAGAGACCUGGCCGCCCGGAACAUCCUGAUCAACAGCAACCUGGUGUGCAAAGUGUCGGAUUUCGGCCUGUCCCGCUUCCUGCAGGAGAACUCCUCCGACCCCACCUACACCAGCUCUCUGGGAGGGAAGAUCCCAAUCCGCUGGACAGCCCCAGAGGCAAUAGCCUUCAGAAAGUUUACCUCGGCCUCAGACGUGUGGAGUUACGGCAUCGUUAUGUGGGAGGUCAUGUCUUUUGGAGAGAGACCCUACUGGGACAUGAGUAACCAGGAUGUAAUCAACGCCAUCGAACAAGACUACCGGCUGCCCCCGCCGCCUGACUGCCCCACCCACCUGCACCAGCUGAUGCUGGACUGCUGGCAGAAGGACCGCUCGUCGCGUCCCCGCUUCUCGGACCUCGUUAGUGCUUUGGACAAACUGAUCCGUAACCCCGCAUCGCUGAAGAUAGUAGCUCAGGAGGGAGCAGGGCCGUCCUACCCCCUGCUGGACCAGCGUGCACCUUUAGCCCUCUCCCCGUGCACGUCGGUCGGGGAUUGGUUGAGGGCCAUCAAGAUGGAGCGGUAUGAGGACAGCUUCCUGCAGGCUGGCUUCAACUCGGUGGACCAGCUGGCUCAGCUCAGCACACAAGAUCUGCUCCACAUGGGCGUGACCCUGGCCGGGCAUCAGAGGAAAAUCCUUUCCAGCAUCCAGACACUGACCUUUCAGAACAAGAACACAACAACGGUGACUUUCUAGCCGUCCUGCUCUGUUCCCUGGACGUGAAGACAAAAAACAAAAAGCAUGCAGGUGUGCAGCAGUUUGUUGGGAUCCGUCUGGGUCCUCCUCUGUAACCUACAGACUCCAAGAACGCCGGAGAAUGGAUUCCUAACCUGGGAAAGGGAAAAACAACUUAGCCAUUGACAUUGACUAAUGAGAGGUGUCUAGAGAGCGGCACUAACCUGUCUCCACGAAUGACUGAGUGUGGUCGAGCAGACCGACUGCUACAUUUUUACAUCUCUCAAGGAGCCAGAAUCUGUGCCAAACAAGAGCAGUGACACGCCAGAGUUCACUCACUUUCUGUAGUUUGUCUCUGUUUCUGAAAGUGUUCUGUUUGCAUUUUGGAAUUUCAAAAGUUUCUGACCUCCACUAUGAAAAAAAUAAUGUAAAAAAAAGCAAAAGCCAGGACAAUGUGCCCAUCAGAGAACUUUGUUUACGUAUUGAUGUUAUUAGAAAGGAGCUGUGCUUUCAUUCCGGGUGUCUUCAGUGAGUCCGUCUGGAUUCAUCUCCUCCAUGGACACCUUUCACGACCUCCUCUUUUACUCAGGUGUGAUGUAAGAUGCCGACGCUGGACUUCCUCUGACCAAGACUCCUCCUCUUCCUCAGUGUGGCUCCGCCUCCGUCCGUACAUGCGGAGAGAAAGAGCCCAGAGACAUAUCAGCACUUUCAUCAUUUCCGAGCGAACCGUGGUGAUUCCAUGUUUUUCUGUCUGCUGGCAGCUCCGUUUGACUAUAAUUGGCCUGAACAAGGACCAGGCGGACUCUGUGAGCUCAGCAGAGAUGGAUUUUUUUUUUUUUUUUAAACGGGAACAUAUGUGGCCUCCAACUCGUCUUCUUGAUAUUACUGAUUCAUUUUUUAUCUUUUUUUCUGUAUUCUCCAUCUUCUAGUGCCAUUACUUUGUCUUUGUGAUCUUAUAUUUUAUAAAGCAGAAACGUCUCCUGAUGAA